CUCAUCAUAGCCUUUCCCAGCCUCCAUUGUCUUAUGCUGAUUUGCAAAAUCGUCUAUUCGGGGAUGAUGGCUCUCAAACUCAACAAAUUGAGUCGUCUUCCACUCACGAGGCUACUAAUUCUGAUGCUAUGGAAAUAUGCACUUCUACAAAUGAUGGUGAUUCGAAAAAACUGAGCCCUCCUGUUUUCAAUGCAUUUCAAAAAUCUAUCGGACGAUGGAAUCGAACAAUUUAUUCGUUACAAAGAAUUUCCAUGACGAUAUCACUAAAUGGUUUGGUGGUGAUUCUUCUCAUUCUGUUCUUAUUUACAAAACUGGAGGUUUUUUUAAAUGUUUUUAUGCUUAA